GAGCUAGGUCUGCCACAAUGUGUAGUGUAUAAAUGCCCUGGAGAACUUCAAAUAUGAGCAAAGAGAGAAACCUUUCCCACAAAAAGAAAAUCAGGCAAGAUAAGAAACUGAAGAAUCUUCAGUAUUUCUGAUGGGCAGCCACAGUCAGGGUGAUGCAUCAGAGACAGAGAACAAAGUAAUAUCUGCUGAAGAGCUACAGAUUCGCGAUGAGUUGGAGGCCGACAUUGAGGAGGAUUUAGAACGAGAGAUCAUCGACGACAUGUGUUGCCUCGCUCGGCAUCUGCAGAGAUUAUAUCAGCAGAGGGAUUUGAGAGAACUUACUGGUUCAGCUACUGGUUACCAGCUCCCACCAUAUCAUACAGCAACUGCAGCUCUUUCUGAGAUGAACAUCAGGAUAAACUUGGAUGGGCAAUGCAAAAUCAACAUCACUAAGAUUGAGCAAGAUGCUGUAGAAAAUCCAAGGAAGCUAUACCACUCCAAUGCUUACCAAUCUGACAAAAGGCAGAGACCUAUGAAGGCAAGGCAGACUUACACAGUUUCUUGCAGGAAGCAGCACAACCAUCCUGUUGCACCAUGGAGAUAGAUAGACAAAAUGAACAGAUGAUAUGAACUACGACUUAAAUCACUUAUGUUAUACUGCAAGCGAGCAAAUAAGUCAUAUUAUGUACUACUUCAAUCAUGUUGAACAAAUCAAUAUUAAGACUUGUUCAUGGAGGGAACAGGUAUAUAUCUAGAUCAUUGGAAUUUGAUGAAUCAUUAAGUCAAUGACACAAUGAGGGCAUAAUGCCAUUGCUGAGGUAUCAAACUCAGAUGAAACAUCAGGGUGAAAAUGAGUGUGUGAAGAAUAUAACU